AUCAGUAGCCACCGCGACAGGUUGUUUGUUCUCAGUACUCUGUUCAAUCCCAACGUUUGUAUUCCUUAUAAUUAAUAUUAUUCAAUGAAUCCUAAAAAUAAUAGUAGUUCUCCUCAAGAUCGCAAUCUUUCAGAUACUUAAAAAAAAAAAUAAUAAAUACAAGAACUUGAGUGUUGUUCUCACUCCUUCUUAUACAAGUAAAAAUAGAUUCACUCCACUACUAACUCUCCAAGUCAACGACGAAACGGACGGCGCAGUGCGCCUCAUCUGCAGUAGAUGAGGUCAGUACUCAACAACCACAGUUUGACAAAUUUGAUCGUUUAAGAGGCCUCAACACGUAUAGAAUACUAUUUAUUAUUGUUAUCAUAGUGACUGUUCAGCUGUUUAGUUGAUAAAAACGUCUAUAGAACAUGGCAGUCCUACCUUCGUAAAUUCUGACCACUAUUUAAUUGUGGUCUUGAGGACAAGGAAAUUAAAUCGGUAUGUUAAACGUCCGUCGGGGAUAUCGUUACUAACGGCUUUAUCUUUUGUUCACGCACUGUCAUCGUAGAGUGAAGAAAACGAUUUUCUCCCGUCUCGAUCGAAGACACACGUCCGUUUUGAACACUGUGACGGAAUUCAGUGCUGUUACGCCAUGUGUAUGAAACGGGAUCUAGAUGAUAGUGAUCGGCCGUUGUUUCCAUUCCCAUUAUUUGAUUUCGUCGAUCUGACUAUGGACGAGCUCGCCGGUGACGUAGACGAAGUUGAUGCUGAUAGUUCUAUCGACGACGAUGAUGAUGAUGAAUUGGCAACCCCAGCUCGUGACAUGCGGAACUAUCCUUACAACUUGUUACCAUCCAUGCAAAUGAAUGAUAAUGAAAACCCGGUGAGAUUUAUUAAUUAUGCUAAUUUACUGGAAAAUUCAAGUGAUGAUGUACCAAUACCUUACGAUUACAUCACAGAAUAUAAUAACUUUUUUAAUAAUGAUAUUCCCACAAAUACAAACACUAACAUAACAAAUACUGCAUCAGUAAUCAACGCUAUCCAUGCUAAUAUUGCGGAAAUCAAUAAUACUGAUAAUGAUGAAGAACGACAACGACGAUUUGAAUUAAAUAUACCUCAAAUAUUAUUGUCAAUGUCCGCUAUAUCUCAUAAUUUAUUGGGACAAAUUAGAAAUAUUAAUAAUUAGUCUUUCGUGUAUGUACACUAUUAUUGUUUUACAAUGUAAACUCAUUCU